AGGCCGCCACAUUAUACAGAGCCGUCCGACGAGCGCAAAGAAAAUAAAGGCGCAAAGAACCUCUACAAAAAGCCGAACCACGACGGCGUCUUGAACAAAAAUGCCCGCAUCUUCGCCCAUCAUGCCCCGCAGCACGGACCAUGUUGCACCCAGACCCAGCGCUCCUUUCAUUGUGGUCAAGCAGAGCCAGGUUCCGGUUGUGUCAAUAACUUCGCCGCUCCGAAUCGCAGAAGUCGCUCUGGCCGCGCACCAGUGCCGGGUCGUCUUGGGCUACGAUGCGUCGCAGCUCGCGCAGCUGCGUUUUGAGCGUACUCUAUUAGAUCGAAAUUAUACGGAAAUAAUAUAAUAAAGUGUGUACGUGUAGUUUUGUGUAGUUGUCAAAUGCCAGUAUAGAUCAUUUGUUGUUCGUUCUUGAACCAUUGUAAAAACCAGAUGUAAAAAAUAAAUACACACCACCACAACCCAAGAACUACAAUCGGAACUCUCAGCCGUCUCGCCCGGCGCAAACCCGCCCAGCGCUCCCGUGAAGCUCAACGCCGAGACCUCGGUGAUCGACGGGGCCGAGCUCACCCAGGAUAAUCUGCUGUUUCUAAAGCCCAUAUGUAUUGCAAAUAUGUCUGGGUCUGGAAGAGUGGAACUUGUAGUGCUGUCUGCGGAUUCUAAAAAUAUCUGUGUUGCAUGAGCAGCAAGAGGAGUCAGCUCUUGGUACGCGGAGAUGGCAUUUCUCAUUCGUAGUUAGCAUGAAGAAGCUUUGUUCAAAAAAUCUGUGAUGCUAGAACAAGCAUCACAGACCUCACGGGUCAUGCAAAAUGUGCAUGACAAGGCCCGACUCUUCCAGACCCAGAUAUAUUUGCAUUUGAUAGCCCACGCGGGACGGCAACUGGCUGGCCUUUCACUUUGCGGACCGGAGGGAGGUAUGAACUGCAAAAGUAUCGUACUCAUAUUGCAAUCAUACAUUACAAGUUUUCUUCUCAAGUCAAAUCCGCAUUACAAAUUUUCUUUCUCAUGCUGAGGAAAUUUGUAAUGCAUUUAUAGUAUACGAGUACGAUACUUUUGCAGUUCGUAGGAGGCGGAAACCUGGCUGGCGGCCUUCAAGGAGUGUCGGGCACAGUAUAACAGUGCACAACUCCCCCUCCCCCUCAUUCGUAUUGCAUGAGCAGCAAUAGCAAUACAAACGCCAGCGACCCUGGAGCCUGCGCAUGACAAAUUUAUGCACCUGCUGUCGUACUGUUUGGGCUUUCGAAAUUUGUCAUGCAAACAGUGCCACAGGGCAGCGACUGGAUUUGGGAUUUUGCAUGACAAAUGAGGGGGAGGGGGAGUUGUGCACUGUCAUACACAGGACGGCCGCAUCGCGGGCGCGGUGGCGGCGCAAAUCAUGGCAAACAGCUAUCCGGGAGCAGGCGGGAGCGUGGCCGGAGGGGGUGGUAUCUAUUAUUUCAGAUGUUGCUGCUGUCCUGUGAAGAUCGUGUGCAAGAAAAUCGUUGUUGCGCCUUCUACUUGGGUUUUUUGGGACAACGAAAAUCAUGCUCUUGCACUGGCAGCUCUGCACAUUCAUAUAUUCAUUUUUUUAUCGAAAAGUUAAAUUUACCACAUACACAUGGACUACAUGUAGAUCCCCGCAGCACGACCCCGGCGGCCGUCCACUCCUCGCCCUCACUGCAAGCUCGUGACUCCUCUUUGUCUCGCGUGCCAGCGGGAGUCAUCCCGGCGUCUGCACCUAUGGCUGCGACCACGUCCCCUCGGACCUAUAACGACCGCGCGUCCGCUUACGCCGCUGCCGAGGAAGUCAGACUCGAGCUCACACGACGGAUGCAGAGUCAGGGCGGAGCUACGGGGGGACAUCAUCAACAGGGUGGCCCUUUCUCAAGUAGUUUGGGAACAACAGUAGUAGCAUCACCGAUCCGAGGAGCAGAUCCUGCUGCUGCUGCGUUCAACGUCCCAGGCUCGACGUCGACCACUAGUAACAACCCAGUACAGCAAGAAACACUUAACGUCGCAACCAGCCCGGCUCCUGUGGUAACAACUGUAGUGCAAAGCGCGGGGGGCACGUCGACGAUCCUGCACAGCCAGUAUCAAAUGCAAAUAUGUCUCGGCGGUCUGGAAGAAUGCAAGUUGGUAGCAGAACUCUUAAGGUUGUCAAUGUCAUGCACGUUUUUACCCAAAAGCCACAGCAGCUUUUGAUGCUCUAGGUAGACAACUACACCUAGCAACUCAGAAAUUUGUCAUGCUGCGCUGUCAUUUGUGGCGUCCUCAUGAUUUCUUUUCGCCAGUCGGCAUCACAAGUUUCCAGAGGACCGAGGCAUAUUUGCAGAUGAUAGCCAGCCGGCGACACCAAUUGCUGGUGGAGGCGGUGGAGGGAUUUAUGCUGCUGGCACGUUAGUAUGCAUUGCAAAUAUGAUCCCUAGAGGUCUGGAAAAAAUGGGACUUCUGAUGCUCGCUGUCGAUCACACAAAAAUCUGUAUUGCAUGAGAGGCAAGAGGCACUCAGAUAGAUUGUUGCCACGACCCGGAGAGCAGGGCAUUUGUCUUCAUGCAAGAUACUAGGCAUGAGCAAACCUUUGCGAGGAACGCUGUGAAGAUGCUAGAGCAUGCAUUACAGGCAUCGGCGGCCUGCAUGUACCAUUUCCAUGACAAACUUCCGCCCGAAGCUUCCAGACCCAGACGACGUAUUUGCACUGGAUAGUUGGUGUCGACGCCGGGAGGUGGGGAUCAUGGUGCCCCCACACUGCAGUAUCAACUCUUUAACGGUAGCAAGCAGGUUGUUUCUGACCACGAGUCCAGUAGCCGCGUCACCACGUCGGAUAAAGGUAUAGAAAUAAAAAUACGAAUACCACGACGAAGCCGUUUAUUGAUGUAUGAAACUACCUAUAUAAAAAGUAAAAGAGGUUAUUUGCAUACGCAGGGCAGAUUGAUGAUGUCCACUGUGUUCUGCAUGGCAAUUUGAAAUUGCCUGGCAACAAGUUGAAAUUGCUCGUCACCUGCUAAUAUAGGCGACCGCGAAUCCUGGGUGCCCGUUGGUCCGGUCCCCGGGGUCUUCGUUUCCGCCACGCCACCGGUUGUUCCAGAUCAUCAACAGCGUCCCAUUAGUAUGAACUGCAAAAGUACCGUACUCGUAGCGAUUGCAGUCAUGCAUAACAAAUCUUUUUCUUGAGGUAAAUCCGCAUUACAAAUUGUAUUUCUCAUGCUGAGGAGGUUUGUAAUGUAUAUAUACGAGUACGAUGCUUUUGCUUUUGCAAUGCAUAAUUAGUACCUCGUCCGUGAUCCUCCAAGACGGGAUUCCCCGCGAUCUACCGCUCCGCACCAUCGAGGCCACGAAGAGCGCACCGCCGGGGGUCAACCUUCCAUUGCCUCCUGCUGGUGCUGCAAUUGCAACGUCUACAGGUCGUGGCGGCCAUAGCACGCCGAGAGCUUCAAAUAACGAUGGGAUUGUCGUGCCAAUGAUACUACCACCGAGAAGUGGUGCUGCUCCUACAACUGUGGUCGGAGGAGGUCCAAACACGACGACCGUGCCCAACUUUGCUGGAAACAACGCGUCCACAACACCAGGCCCACUUUCCCCCGAACGUAGGCCCCACACUAAUGUACCAAACCCGAAUGCACCGCAAAGCAGCAGUAGCAGCAGUCGGUCCCCAAGAACCACGGCCGAGGACGAGAACCGCAAGUUGCACGCUGAGAUUACGCGGCUGACGAGCUUGUGGAUGGAAGCGCUGGAUUAUGAGAGCGCACAAGAACUCCCUUUACUUCCCCCUCAUUUUUAAAAUGCAAAAUAUUUUUACCCAAGAUCCGCAUCUUGCCUGUAGGCAGGUUCUGCAUGCCGAAUUUUGGACCCGCGAAGUAGACAGAGUACUACAAAAAUCCGUGUGCAGAUGUGUCAUGCGCAUGAAGCCACGUAAAAAUAGCUGCCGUUGCUUGUGUUGCAGUUUCUUGCCAUACAAAUGAAACCAGAGGGAGCAGGGGGGGUUAUUUCUUCUUCGCUGUCAUAUGGAUGAAGUAGCGAUGCACGCGAAGCAGAUUGACCAACUGCGCGGCAAGGUAACGGAGUUGGAAAGGGAUAAGGAACAAGCUGCUGUUUCAUCCCAACUGCAAGAAGAACAAACACCAGGGCAGCAGCUGCAGCAGCCUGUUCCAGACCAACAUAAUUUCUACCAACAAGAAAUCACGAACCUGCAGGCACGGUGUGUGCAGUUGGAUGAAGAUAAGCGGAAUCUAGAGCUGGAAAUUUUCCAGCUGACUUCCGAGAAAGCGAACAGCGGAUUUUUGCAAACGGAGCGCGUUUCCCACGAUUUGGAAACUUUGAAAGAGGAAAACAGCAGGUUGAGAGAAGAGAUGGAAAACCAGAGAAGGCAGUAUGACGAGAAAAUGGAAAAUUUCGCGCAGCAUUUCUACCAAGAAAUCGAGAACCGGGACCGGCAACUGCAGCAGUUUGACAUGCAACUGACGGAAAAAGAGCUAUGAACUAGAAAAGUAUCGCACUCGUAUGAAUGCAUUACAAAUUGCCUCAGCAUGAGAAAUAAAAUUUGUAAUGCGGAUUUACCUUAAGAAAAAGAUUUGCAAUGCUUGACUGCUAUACGAGUACGAUACUUUUGCACAGGAUCAGAGCAGCAGUUUCGCGAAUUCGAGGAAAAACAAUCGAACGACGGUAUCAAUUGCAAAUAUUUCGAUCUGAGUCUGGAAGACUACAAACUUGUGAUGCUGUGUUUGAAUUCUAAAGAAAUCUGUAUUGCAUGGGUAGUAAAAUAAUGAGUCCCACUCUUGCUACGCGAAGAGAGCUGCAUUUGUAAUGCGGGAUAAGCAUGAUCAAGAUGUCCUUUAAAAAUUGUGAUGCUAGGGUGUACAUCACAGACAUCAUGGCUCAUGCAAAACGUGUAUGACAAGUUCGCACCCUUUUAGAGGACCCAGAUCGAUAUUUGCAGUUGAUAGACGGACUGCUGUACCAACUCCGCGCCGAGAUGGACCGGUUACAGGUCGCGAAUAGUAGAAUUGAAGCGGAGAAAACCACCACUUUUCAGGAGGUCGAGCAACUGGCGCAGCAGCGGAACGCCCAUUUGGCGAUCAUAAAGCAACUGGUACAGUUUUUGCUUUCGAUGGAUUGGAAUGCAUGAAUACCAUAAUGCAAUACUUCAUGAAGCAUUUUGAUAUCUCCAGCUCUUGCCUCCUGGAUCAGCAUUGUUUUUAAAUACAAAAUUCAUCUCACCCGAACCACAAUACGAAUAUUUGUACAGGUAUCAACUGUAAAAAUGUCUGGGUCUGGAAGAUUCUGACACUUGUCAUGCACGUUUUGCGUGAGCCAUGAUGUCUGUGAUGCAUCCCCUAGCAAUACAUAUCUUUUGAGGGCUUCUUGAUGCGUAUUCCGGAUGACAAAUGCCUUCUCAGCGUAGCAAAAAUUGCCUUUCCUUUGGUACUCAUGCAAUACAAAUUUUUUUAGAAUCCAAAUGCAGCAUCACAGGUUGCAUUUUUCCAGACCCAGACAUUUUUACAUUUGAUAACAGGUGCAAAUGUUUGUCGACGCUCGGUUUCAGAACCACGGCGACCAACGUAUGACCUGCUCAAACGUUACAAUCUCAAGCGUUACAAUAGAAUCUUGGUUUUGCAUUGCAUGAGGAGCAUGACAGACUCGGACAGCAUUCCACUUUCUGCGAAUGCAAAUUUCGCCAGAUUGUAGUGCGGCUUGAGACUCCAGAACUUGUCAUGCGCAAUCCUAUGAGAGAGAUUUGGCUAGAUAGUGCACUUCUUGCAACACAAAUUCCAGAUUCUAUGGUAACCGAUUUGAGAUUGUAACACCUGAGCAGGUCAUACAACGCACUCGGCAGGAGGCACAGAAGUUGGCGGAGGCUAUUGGGAGCAUGUGCAGUGUGGAGGAGGGUUUGAAGGAUCUUCAGGACUUGGUACUUCCAGCAUCUUCGGAUAUUAGCACUGCAGCGGGAAUACAUAAUGCAACCACGUCGACAAUCCUGGCACCUGGUGCACAAUUAUCAGCUGCAACGUCGACUCUGCUGCAUAGGAGCCCGGCCAAGAUUCACGCAUCGGCGAUCAGGAGUACAAGAAGUCCAAGCUUGCCGCCCGGAAAUGGAGCAGCAGUGGCAGCAGCUUCAGCUGGUACAGUAUCAACUGCAAAAAUGUCUGGGUCUGGAAGAUUGCAACUUGUCAUGCUGUCCUUGGAUUCAAAAAAAAUCUGUAUUGCGUGAGCAGCAAAGGGAAUGUAAUUUCUGCUACGCGGAGAGAGCAUUUGUCAUGCGGAAUAGGCAUCGCGAAGCCCUCAAAAAAUCUGUCAUGCUAGGGCAUGCAUCACAGACAUCAUGGCCCAUGCAAAACAUGCAUGACAAGUCUCAGAAUCUUCCAGACCCAGACAUUUUUGCAUUUGAUAUACAGGUACUAACUACAACACGGGUAGUAGAACUAUGGUUGGUGGAGCCCGACCAUCGUCUUCCUCGGUCGCCUAUGCAUUGCAAAAGUAUCGUACCUGAGUAUAAAUUGCAUUUUGCAAAAAUAAAUUGGCAGCUCAGCAUGACAAAUGGAAUUUGUCAUGCUGGAGUCUAGCUUGUUGGAAAAAUAGGGAUUUGUAAAUGCAUGAAUGCGAUUACGUACAAGUGCGGUACUUUUGCAGUGCAUAUCGCGGCCAGCAACAGCGAGCUCACGGUGAUGACGGUGGUGCAACAGCAGCAACCACAACAGCUAGGACUAGUACUACAACCUCCAGGGGGGGAUGUUCAUAUCAACUGCAAAAGUAUCGUACUCGUAUAAAUGCAUUACAAAUUUCCCCAGCAUGAGAAAUAAAAUUUGUAAUGCAGAUUUACCUUAACCAAGGGAUUUGCAAUGCAUGAUUGCAAUACGAGUACGAUACUUUUGCACAGGAUGAGGAUAGUUCAUGUUCUUGAACAAUUUCCCAAUGGUGCUGACCACAGAGCUAUCAAAUGUAAAAAUGUCUGGGUCUGGAAGAAUGCAACUUGUCAUGCUAAAUCUGAAGCAUGCAGAAAUCUGUGUUGCAUGAUUGCCAAAAGUCGUCCAGUUUUGACCAAGUUGAGAGGGAGUUUCUCAUGCAGGAUAGGCAUGAUAGAGCCCUCAAAGAAUCUGUCAUGCUGGGUCUCGCAUUCCAGACCUCAUGGGUCAUGGAAAACCUGCAUCACAAAUCUUGCAUUCUUCCAGACCCAGACAUUUUUGCAAUCCAUAAGAGCAACGUCGGCAACAGGAGGUUCGGUAGCUAUUUCCCCAGGUGGACGAACUACAGCACAAGGUCCUGCUCUUGCACCAACAGCCGGAUCCGGUUAUGGAUCACCCGACCCGCGCAGCCUCUUUGUCCCCGCGGACCCCUACAUCAAGCCGGCGCCGGGUACACAAUUGCACUACGCGAAACUCCCUCCACAUAAAAAUUCUGGCGGUGCAGCGACGCCGCGGUCGCCCCGCCUGCUGAGGUUUGCGUCUCCGCUGUCGUCACCAACACGGCAAAACAGGAAUGGCGGUGUGGAGGUGCGACAAUCUUUUUCCUUCUACAAUCGACACAAGUUGCAAAAAUGAAUAAAUCUGCUUCAAAAUACACUUGCAAAACCUACGUCCUCAAAUAGAAGUAGAAACAGGAUAAUGUAAAAAUCUACGGCAGGAGGCUUUGACCACGCGGACGCCACCGCCGCACCGCACCCUAGUAACGACGCAGCAUGGAGGCUUUGAUCCAGUUCGGCGAAACAUGAUAUCGUCGAGAAAAAAAGCGCCUAGUGAGCUGCAUCGUCAUUCAUGGUAAAUGCACCCCUAGUAGCGCAAUAGGAUAAGAUAAAGUUUCGUAUACAAAUUUCAGCUACGGGAGGUGUUGGCUUUAGGUUUGUCAUGCAGAAGUGUGCAGACCUGACUGAAGCUGCUACGCGAUCGUCUUUCUCGAGGAUAGGUAACACCAUCGCCCAACAAGGAGAUUUAUCAGCCGCCGGCGGGACCAAUGCUCACGGUUCACAAUUAUUAUUCGCUUGCUUUAAUACUGCUUUGUUGAAGGAAGUUCUGAUGCGCAUAGGGAUAGGUGUAAUGCACACCAUCGCAUUUGUGUUGCGUGCAGGUUGUAUUCUGUGUGCGAAUUAUAUAUGAAAGAAAUUAUCGUCCCACCUCGCAACUAGACACGCCACACGAUGCUGACCCCGGCGCGCGGUCUUUCCAAGGAUAUCGAGCGGACGUUUCACACACUCGCUACCGAAGGCGAGCGCAUCAGGGGUCGCUCGGUCUCGCCCAGAGGUGUCACGGGCGUACAUCAACCGCGGCACGAGGUGCUCUACUACUCCGGUGGUAUCCAAGAAAAUGACGUUGUUGGUGUAAACUUGUGAUGCGCAACAUGCAAGAUGAUUGCGUCUGUCAUGCUUGGCAUGCAUCGUAGUGUCCAUCAAAGGGCGUUUUCACGUACUAUCUGCGCAUGACAGGUUUUUGCUGUCAUGCAAGACAAAUUUGCAAUGCUGUUCCUCCAAAAAAGUUACACUUACAAUGUUUUUUUCUUGGAUAGGUGACACCGCAACACCAGUGGCACAAAGCAGCAUCGGACCAGCACCAACCGCUAGUAGUACCCCACUGUACGCAAAUACAGCGAGCGGCUACGGGUACCUAUUUCGGCCACAGUAGGAGGAUUGUUUCUGUGGGCAGAAAGUGAAUACGAAAAGUGUCCUCCGUGUUGGUCGUGUUCAUGUGGGAUACAGCUUAUGUGGUGCACUUCUCGUUGGUCGCGAUGAAAAUGAAAUUGAUUUCAACUUCAAGGCUGCUCUUCCUAUUGCAGUAUGAAGCAAAAAAUUAAUGUCUGUAUUUUUAUGCCGUGCCGUUGGCCGUCGCGUGUACAUUACCAGAUUUUAUUGUCCACCUGAGUCGAACUAACCGGUAUAUUACGAAGAUCGUUUUUUCCUGAGAAUGAUAAAUUAUGACACUUAGCAGUUACAGUAGUCUGAUUAGAUGCUCAAUGUUGAUACUGAUUGACAUACCGAAGGCAAAUUGGAGACUCAACCAGCGUCUUGUUUCUUUAAACCAAUACUAAAUGAAAGUAGCAGUAUGUUUCGUCGUGCCAAACAGCUGUACAAUAGUUAUUUCCAUGGAUCUUUAUCACAAAAGUAGUAGAAAUGCCACCUCAUGUUGUGAGUGUAAAAGAAAUUUGGGUAUACUUACAAGAAUUCAUGUGCCGUGUAAUUUACAAGAAGAGUCUGAAUCAUGUGAAUGACCGAACAAAUAACGGAUGCGCAUGUACUACAUGACAUGCUUUGUUGUACACGGGGUGGACAUGUGUG